UAAACAUAGCACUGUGGGAGAAACCAAAGUGACAAGAGUGACAAAAUUGAUUUAAACCCACUGGAAUCAUUAAAGGAGAUGACAGAGAUGGUGACAGGUGACCAGAAACAGAAGGCGAAUAGAGUCAAACCCAAUGCAAGACAAAGAUCCUCACAAGAAUAACCACGAGACAAAGAUAAUUAGAGACAUGAUAAUCUUUAUUAGGUGUGGAGAAUGACAUUACACAAAGCUCCACAGCACUUUGUGGUGAACAUCUGGAUCUCUAGAGCAAAAGAGAAAAGGAUCGAGGGAAGGGAGUCAAAGUCAGGGAGCGUGGAGGAGGCAGGGAAGUCUCUGGCAAGCAGAGAGGAUGGACAAGUGUGGAGAAAAUUGAAGAGCGAAGUGGAGUUAAGGUGGUAGAAGGAGGGAGGAGAGAAAUGGCAAAUGAAGAAGAAGAAGAAAGGGAAAGAGGGGUUGAACCUCCAAAAAGGAUAUAAAAGGAUGAGAGAAGACUUGAAGCCUUGCAGUCACUCGUCUCUGACAGCCACAUCCACUCCUCUCCUAUCCCUCUUUCUUCCCCUUUAGCCCUCCUCUUCACUCCAUCUGCAGCAAACCUCUAUUCUGCUGGGACCCCAGACGAAAUCAUGCUUUCUGCAACUCUUCCAGGUCUUUCUUGCAUCCCACCCAGAUCUGCACCCACCAUGGAAACUGCUAUGACUGCUCUCUUCCUCUCUGGGGCCCUCUGUCACUUGUUGGUCCUGAUGAUAGGCCUGAGUCAGGGUGUUCAUUCGGUGCCUGUGCCAACUGACCUCCCCAUGUGCACGGCCUCCGAACCAGCUCAAUACAGCCUGACGUUUUCAGGAAAAUGGACACGGGCAGCUUUCCCCAAGCAGUAUCCAGUGUACCGUCCACCUGCACAGUGGUCAAACCUUAUCGGAGUCACCCACAGCUUGGACUACCACAUGUGGCAACGUAAUGAGUUUGCCAGCAACGGAGUGAGGGAGUUUGCGGAAAAAAGCGAGGCGUGGACACUCAUGAAGGAAGUUGAGACGGCCGGCGAACGCAUCCAGAGCGUUUACGGGAUCCUCUCUGCUCCUGCUGUGGUGGGAGGCACGGGCCAGAUGGACACCGAGUUUGAGGUCUUUGCCAGACACUCCCUAAUGUCAUUCAUGGUGCGCAUCAUUCCAAGUCCAGACUGGUUUGUGGGCGUGGACAGUAUUAACCUGUGCAAUGGCGACAAGUGGAAGGAGAGCGUGACACUGGAGCUUUUCCCAUAUGACGCAGGAACUGACAGCGGAUUCACCUUCUCCUCUCCAAACUUUGAAACCAUCCCUCAGGACAGGAUCACACAGAUCACCUCCUCCUAUCCCAGUCACCCCGCCAACUCCUUCUUCUACCCCCGUCUGAAGCACCUACCCCCCAUUGCCAAGGUCAAGCUGACCAAAAUAAAGAAAACCAAUCAGAUCAUCAGCCUGCCGAUGGAGCCCACGCAGUCCAACCUCCUGCCGACAGGAAAUGAGAUCGAAGAGACGCUCAUAAAUACCCCUCUGGACUGCGAGGUGUCGGUGUGGUCUCCGUGGGGCUUGUGCAAGGGCAAAUGUGGAGAGUCUGGAGUGCAACACCGCACCCGCUACGUCAUUAUGCACCCUGCCAAUAAUGGCGUCGCCUGCCCCCUGCUGGAGGAGGAGAGAAAGUGCAUCCCAGACAACUGUUUAUGACUAAGCCAGGACAGGCGGGAGAAGAAGGAGAGGAAGAAAAGGAGAAAGAAGAACGACAGGAAGUCCAGGGAAAGAAGGAAGGGGCGAAAGUCUAAAAACACCAAAAGGUCCGCGAGACAUCCGUGUGAGACGCCCCCUGUCUGUAGAAUUAAGUAAGACACUGAUUUUCUCUGUCAAACAUGGAGAAAAUGUCAUUUCUAAGUUCCACAAAUAGAUGGGGAUGUUUUGUAGCAGACCAGCCCAGACAGUGUAGCAGAUUAUGCAGAAAAAUAAACCUGAACUCAAAACAUAAGGUGGUUACGAUUUGACUGGUCAAUUCUGAAUGGCCACACUAAUAUUUUGAAUGAUGUGACUUCAAAUAAUGAUGAAUGAGUAUAAUAAAGGUAGAAUCAGCACAAACAGACAGCUGACCCACUGAGUUUUUAUAAAAAAAAAAAUAGUGGUUGAUUUCCGUUCAACACAAGUAUUUAUUGACAGGAUUUUGCCUGUUGUGUACAGUCAGUGAAAUCUGAAAAUAAUAUGUAUUCCUGUAUAAUAUUAGGACGCAUUUGUAAAACAAAAGUCUUCUUUUUUAAAAGCACAAAUACUUUAACCUAAAUAUAUAUUUAUGUAAAAUGUUUGUAUAGCCUCAAUAAAGUGUAAAUAUCUGAAACUAA